CUCUGCAGGUUUUCGUUGGAACGGCUGACGACAGAUCGAUCAGGCCACAUCCUUUCUACCAGAUACACAGGGUGACAGGGAAAAUGGUGGGUACUGCCAGUCAUGAGAGCGUUCAGGCGGGGACUAAAGUGCUGGACAUCCCCCUCAGCCCUGAAAAUAAUAUGACUGCACUCAUCGACUGUGCAGGGAUUCUGAAGCUGAGGAACUCAGACAUCGAGCUUAGAAAAGGAGAAACAGACGUUGGAAGGAAGAACACGCGUGUCCGUUUGGUGUUUCGUACCCACCUCCCUCUGGCGCCCCCCGUAGCCCCGGCUGGCCGGGUCCUGGCUCUACAGGUCACUUCGCUGCCCAUCGAAUGCUCCCAGCGUUCGGCCCAGGAGCUGCCCGUCAUCGAGUCUGUCAGUCUCACUUCCUGCUCUGUGGAGGGCGGAGAGGAGCUCCUGCUGAGUGGCACCAACUUCCUGCCAAUCUCCAGAGUCUUUUUCAUGGAGCGCGGGACAGAUGGUAAAUUGCAGUGGGAGGAGGAGGGUCACGCUAACCGUGACAACAGCAGUGAGUGUUUAUUAUGUGUGAGAGUUCCCGCCUACAGCAACCUGUCCGUCAAUCGGCCUGUGUCGGUCAGUCUGUAUGUUUCCAAUGGGAAGAGGAAAAGAAGCAGCACUCACUGCUUCAAGUAUCUCCCCAUUAUGUUCAAAGAAGAGGACCCUCUGCUGCCCCGGCCCUCUGUGCCGCCCCUAGAUGGGGGCACUGCAUGUCCCGUGGGGGGUCAGCCCAGGGUGGACAGGGGCUUCCACAUCAGAGAUGACCUCAUGGUGGACGAUCGAGGGCUGGGCUUCCACCUGCCGCCCUACCCACUCACCUACUCCCCUCCCUGCCCCAGUGUGAGCUACCAUGAGGAGUACUGCUCUAAACCUGAUUCUGCGGUGGAGGAACCUGGAGGGCCCAGGACCACCUUGUCUGAGCAUCACCACAAUUUUGAGAACCUGGAGUUGGGGUUCACCGAGCUCCUUCCCCCUCUGUACCCCCGUGGCCCACAGCCUCCCUCCCCCUCUCCGUGGCUGGACUCACCUUACCUGUCCUCCUCACCCUCCCCUUCCCACUCGUCCUCCCUCAGCCCAUUCCCUGCUGGCAGUCCCAUCUCGACCUCCCCUCUGCCUCCCAUUCCUAAUUCCCCUUACCCCCAGUACUCUGCUUAUACUCAGGAGGUGUGUCCAUCCCCUCCCUCCAACCCCAGCACCUAUCAGGAGGUCUGCCCAGCACCCUACUCUCAUUAUGAUGGCUGGGACCCCCAGGGAAGGGUGCUAGAGACGGGACAUGGGGAAGAGAGAGAUGCCAAGAUCCAGGAUUGUCCCUUGGAGUUUACCAGCUCAGACUCUAUGCACCACAUUACCUUUGAAGAAGUGACAGAGUUCAUUGGGGAGGACAUCCAGUCUUACCAGUCAGGCUCACAAAUGGACAACCAGCCAAACUGAGCUCAGAGCAACUGAUUACCCCCAUCAUUUAAAUUCCCAUAUGCACUUGGUAUUAAGAUGCGUUUUUCCAGUUAUAUGAACGAUUGGAGAGAUUUAAUUAUCAGGACACUAUUGUAAUUAUGACAACAUGUAAUUGUUAUGGUUUUAUAAAUUGACUAAUGUUUUUAACGCUUUCAAUAUAAAUUAUAUGAAGUAUGCUUGGAUUAAAUGUUUUUCUUGCAAAAAAUGAAUAUAAACCCAUGUUUGUCACCCUCUAAAACAGAAGGGACUGAAGGAGAAAGGCUUAAACCCUGUGGAAAACUAAUAAGAUAUAGAAGAUGCAGUAUUUCUACAA